GCUGUAGCUCACAUCUCCAGUGUCUGCCGAUGCUUUGGGCAGCAGAAUGAAUGUUAAUGUAUUCAAAUAAGUCAACAGUUAAGAUGGAAGAAAACCAGUAUACAUCAUUGACGGUUCCUACGGAUUAUUUUCAGCAGUGGUACCAGUCCAGCCAGCAGCACCCCGAGGCGCAGUAUGUGAUGCAGUAUCACAACAUGGGCCACUACACAGAAGGUCCCAGAGAUGAGCCUGUCAUGGCCGAGCUGUCUGUCCACCGGGAACCACCUGUUAACCAGGAACCUUUUUACCAGAACUACAACUAUGAUGCCCAAAAUCACUACCAGGACCUGACCUACCAGCCGAUGGUCAGGAACGAGCAGCAGCAGCAUCAGCAGCAGCAGCAGCAUCAUCCUGCACAGCUGCACCACCCUCAGCAUCAACACACACUACAGCAGCAGGAGCCGAUUGUUCAACACCAACCUCAGCCUGUUGGUCCACCUCAAGUUGUGACGCCGGUGAAGAAGAAGAGAGGCCGGCCUCCUAAGCAGCAGUCAGAGGAGGGCAAGAUGGAGGAGGACAAUGAGAUUGAGGCCGCCAAAAAAGCCAAGAGGGCUCUCAACCGCUUCAACGGCAUGUCAGUGGAGGAGGUUAUGGCCAAAACACUGCCAGACGUUAUCACCUACAACCUCGACAUAUUGAUAAUUGGAAUUAACCCAGGACUAUUGUCAGCCUUCAAAGGACACCAUUACCCAAACCCAGGAAACCAUUUCUGGAAAUGUCUGUUUCUUUCUGGUCUAACUGAGGAGCAGCUCAACUACAUGCACGACCAGAGCCUGCCGGAGAGAUACAGCAUUGGCUUCACCAACAUGGUAGAGAGGACCACACCUGGCAGCAAGGACCUGUCCAGUAAGGAGAUUCGUGAAGGAGGUCGACAGUUACUCGACAAACUGCAGAAGUACAAGCCAUUAAUAGCAGCAUUUAAUGGAAAAGGUAUUUAUGAAAUCUUCUGCAAGGAGACCUUUGGUGUGAAGGCAAAGAAUCUCGACUUCGGUCUGCAGCCCUACAAAAUCCCUGAAACUGAAACGGUGUGCUACCUGAUGCCAUCAUCAAGCCCUCGCUGUGCCCAGUUCCCCCGUGCACAGGAUAAGGUACAUUUCUACCUCAAGCUGAAGGAACUGCGAGACCAGUUGAAAGGCCUGGCACCGAGCCACGAGGUGCAAGAGACGGAGUACUCAUUUGAUCUGCAGCUUGCUAAAGAGGAUGCUAAGAGGAUGGCAAUCAAAGAAGAACAGGUGGACCCAGAGUAUGAAAGUUGUAGUGGGCUGCAUGAUGACACGAGGCAAAGCAGCAACUCCUCCAACUGAAGGAGCCCGAGGAGAGGAGAAAAAAAACAGGCCUGUCUGCUGUAGCACAAAGAAAUGGACAUCGUAGGCCAGUCAGCGGACAACAUGACACAGAACCACUGCAGCUGGAGAGAUUUUCUCAACAGAUACCAGAUAUCAGCUGUACUGUACUAGUAGCACCAUACAUCAGCGAGGGCGAGAAACCCUCUGAUGAUGACACCUCAAGAAGAGUGAAGUCCUGCAGUUUCACGAUGCCUCACAAUGUAACGCACAGGGGAGAAAGUGCCCACAACGGUUACAUUUUCUAUCUCUCAAACAGACUGUGCAUGUUUUUGGUGUUAUUUUUUUCACUAUUUAUUGCAUUUUGUAUGGUACGUGCGUCCAGUGACUUAUUUUUGUAUUUUUAAAAGAAUGACAUUUUAUGAUUUAUCAGCUGUAUAAAUAAGUAAUUGUACUCUUGAAUUUCUAACCUGUAAUUACAGAGUUACUAAAUCUCUUCUAAA